AGAUAUCCUCAAUCCCAAGCCAACAAAAAACAUCUCCCAGCUCUUUGCGCUAGCAAAAUUUCUCACACAGACCAUCGAAGCAAUGGCAUCGCCGAAGAUUGCGUUCGUCCAACACAAAUGCGCGGCGUUCUUGCUUCUCUGGGCUCUAACCAUUCAGUGUGUAGCCUGUUCUCGGGCUCUCAGCGAGGACGCAACCUCCGUUCCUGCAUUCACGCCUCCGUUACCCACUCCGGCUCAAGCACUGACCAACCCGUCAGCUCCUGUGGCUGCAUCAACGGCCACAGGUCCUGCUUCCACGGGAAGCAACACCGAUCUUCACCCGAUGCUCUUUUACAUGCACGACAUACUUGGCGGCUCUAGCCCCACGGCUCGAGCCGUGACCGGCAUUGUUACAAACCCCGCGCUGAGUGCUCAAGUCCCCUUCGCUAAACCGAAUGGAGCUAACCUCCCCAUCAACAGCGGGAUUCCGCAAAACAGUGCCAACACUGGACUCAUCAACAACAACAAUGUCCCGUUCCUAACCGGACUGGGCGGGAACACAGGCAAUGUGCUGCAGAACAACGGAGGGAACAACGGAGCGAACUUGAUCAACGGCGGACCCGGUUUCCCGAUCCUGAACGGCGGUCAGCUCCCUCAGGGAAUGACCAUCCAGAAGCUGAUGUUCGGGACCCUCACUGUUUUCGAUGAUGAGCUGACCGAGGGGCACGAGCUCGGUUCUGGAUUGGUUGGCAAGGCACAAGGGUUCUACGUAGCGAGCUCCGAGGACGGGAAUAGCCAAACCAUCACAUUCACAGCCAUGUUCGAGAGUGGUGGCUACAUCGACAGCAUCAGCUUCUUUGGCGUCCACCGGACUGCCGUUUCGCAAUCGCAGCUUGCCAUCAUGGGAGGCACCGGGAAGUAUGUGAAUGCCAGAGGAUACGCCACGGUCAAGACCUUCGCAGCCUCGAACCAGCAUGACACUGAUGGAAUGGAGACUGUUCUCGAGUUCACUGUAUAUCUGGCAUAGUGAUAUCUGUCUGAGAGAGUGAUUGUAUCUGAAAUUCUGUGUGUUUGCUUGAGUCGUCGUGGUUCUAAUUUGGCAAUUCAAUCGGAAAGGCCGUUCGAAAGAAAUGGGUUUAACCUUUGUAUUAGCAUCUCUGUUCAUGAAGUAAGUCGAUUGUUAAAAGAAAA